AUGUCUAAGAGACAAGUUCAUUUUGACGAUAACAUUUCUGAAAGUUCGAAAUCAUUAAAACGUCAGAAAACUGAUUCCUUUGAUAAAGUGGACAGUGGUGACAAAGAUUAUGAUGCUAUGUGGAAAAAUAAGCAUACAUUAGAUAGUGAUGAAGAAGAUAAUGAUGAUUAUCAGAGAUUAAAUAUGAAAAAGAUUGAAGGUCAGGAAGAAGCUACUAUUUCAUAUGAUGGAGAUAUUAAAAUAACUCCAUUUAAUAUGAAAGAGGAUGAAGAGGAUGGUGAUUUUGAUAUCCAUGGAAAUUUUAUUUUUAAGAAAGACACUGAAGAGUAUAAAGAUCAAUGGCUUGAAACAGUUGAUUGGGAAGCUGUUAAAAAACGUGAAUCAAAAGGAGAGACAUAUGAAACUACUGAUGAUACUCCUAUUGAAAUGAUUACUACAGAGCAAAAAAAAAUAUUGUUUCAGAAAUUAUUAACCAUUUUAAAGCCUAAAGAGGAUAUUAGUAAAGCUCUUAAAAGAUUAAAUAGUUCACAGAAACUUAAUGCUGCUGAGAAAAGAAAAUUACGUUGGGCUGCUAAAAAAGCAGGGAAAGAAUUUAAGGAUGAAUCAGUUUCUACUAUUGAAGAACUUACUGAAAUUGCUGAUAGACUUCUUAAUGAAGGAAAUACUGAAGCUUAUCAAAUGACAUAUGAAAUGAUUAACACAGAAAUUGAAGAUAUAACUAAAAAGAAUGAAAAUGCAUAUGAUAUGUUUGGAGAAGAAGAUGAAGUAGGAGCAAAUAAGCAAGAGACAAGUUGUGAAAAUUAUUUAUGGUUUUUUAAUUUUUAA